AAAGGAACUUGAAGAGCUAAAGCACCAUGGAUCUAAUUUAUAUUCCUGAAGACCUAUCCAGUUGUCCAAAAUUUGAAAAUAAAUCCUGUCCUCCCACCAGCCGCCCUUUUCAUGUUCGAGUGAUCAUGUAUUCAGUUAUGACUGGAGCGAUGGUUAUCACGAUCUUUGGCAACCUGGUUAUCAUGAUUUCCAUAUCACAUUUCAAACAGCUUCACUCUCCCACCAAUUUUCUGAUCCUCUCCAUGGCAACAACUGACUUUCUGCUGGGUUCUGUCAUCAUGCCCUAUAGCAUGGUGCGAUCUGUGGAGAGCUGCUGGUAUUUUGGAGAUGUCUUUUGUAAAUUCCAUGCAAGCUUUGACAUGAUGUUAAGCCUAACUUCCAUUUUCCACCUUUGUUCCAUUGCUAUUGAUCGCUUUUAUGCCGUGUGUUACCCUUUGCACUACACGACCACCAUGACGGUCUCCAUGAUCAAGCGACUGCUGGCAUUUUGCUGGUCAGCCCCUGCUCUUUUUUCCUUCACUUUAGUUCUGUCUGAGGCCAAUGUUUCUGGAAUGAAGACCUAUGAGAUCCUUGUUGCUUGCUUCAAUUUCUGUGCACUUACUUUCAACAAAUUUUGGGGGACAAUACUGUUCACUACCUGUUUCUUUACUCCUGGCUCCAUCAUGGUUGGUAUUUAUGGUAAAAUCUUUAUUGUUUCCAAAAGACAUGCUCGAGUCAUCAGCAGCAUGCCUGAGAACACAAGGGGGGAACUGAAAAAAAAUUUAUCUAAGAAAAAGGACAGGAAAGCGGCUAAGACCCUGGGUAUAGUAAUGGGGGUGUUUCUAGCUUGCUGGUUGCCUUGUUUUAUUGCUGUUUUGAUUGACCCUUAUUUAGGCUACUCCACUCCCAUAAUAAUACUUGAUCUUUUGGUGUGGCUUGGGUACUUCAACUCAACUUGCAACCCCCUAAUUCAUGGUUUUUUUUAUCCAUGGUUUCGGAAAGCUCUUAAGUACAUAGUGUCAGGAAAAAUAUUUAGUUCCAGUUCAGAAACUGCAAAUCUGUUUCCUGAGGCACAUUAAUUAAAAAUAAAAAGUCAUGACAAAAGU